UUAAAUGUCAAGUCACUUUUUCCGAAUCCACAGUUUGUCCAGAAACCGUUUGGGUCGAAACUAAAGUGGCGUCUUCAGGGGAGCAGAUGAAUUUAUGGACGCUCCCUGGCAGUUACAUACGGGACAUCAGGGCAGACUUAACAAACGUUUCCUCAAUGUUUCUGACAAGAGUCCUCGAGACGUUCUGAAACUGAGAAGAGACAGAUAACAGGGGACCAGUGACCCCCCUCUGGAAAGGAGUCCUCCACAGAUGGAGGAGGGUGGAGGAAACACCCGCAGCACCGCUGGAUCCAACGCGAUGGAGGACGUGGUGACCAAAAAACGUCGGAAAAGAAAUAAGGAACGAGCAGCAGGCGGCUCCAGCAGGAGGAGCAAAGACAAGGAGAAGAAGAAGAAGAAGAAGGGAGGUCAGAGAAGGACAACGAGCGCAUCCAGCGCUAAGGAGGAUGCAGAGCGGAGGAGCGAAGGAGGGGUGGAGGCGGUGGAGGCGGUGGAGGCGGUGGAGGCCACAGGAAGCCAAACGGAGGAGCGCGGCCCCGUAGAAGCUCAGCAUGUGGGUGAAGACGGCGUGCAGGAUGUGAGAGAACGGCGCCCCCCGGACGCCAACAUGGUGCCGGCUCAGACCCAAACACGGAGACACAAAGGGGCAAACAAGCACACGCAAACUGCACCCGUCUCCCUGAGGAGCCAGGGGACGCAGACCGAGUCCUCCGGGGCAGAGACAGGCCUCGAGAAGACAAAGAGGAGCGAGGAGACAACUGCGGACAGAGGGGGGGACGCCGCUCCGACGCCGCUACAGCAGAACGAGCCGGCGGCGUCUCGGACCCCCGACCGGGAGGCCGGGCCUGAGGAGGAGAGCCCCGAAGCGAGGUCCUACGCCAAAGCGGUGUCUGGAGAGGGAGGGCGCGAGGCCUCCAGGGCGCCAGACAAAGACACGGGACCGCUUCCACGCACUCGCGAGCGGAGCCCGGCGAAAGCUCCGCCUUCUGCUCCGACCUUCACCUUCCACAUCCACGCCGUGCUGGACAAGAAGUUCAACUUCAAGCAGGAGCGCGACGGCUUCCUGCUGUGUUACGAAGGAGGGUUUUCACCUCUGAGGACGACGCAGUCCGUGAAACUAAAGCACGGAUGUCUGGUAGAAGCAAGUCUUUCCGUUGAAGAAAAGGACUUGAAUAGAGGCGAUUGGUGGAGGUAUUGGUACGGAGUAAAGCAGCCGCAAAAAGAGAUUACAGAAAUCAUCAUGAGAAACUUUCAGAUUCCAUCGGACCGCGGCGUGAACGAGGUGCACCUCUACGAAGGCUUCAUCGCUCGGGACGAUGCCGGUUUUUGGAGAAGUGGCCUGAACAUGUUGUUCCAGAAAUCCAAAGCGGCGGAGGUGUCGGACGCCUGGCAGGCCUCGGCGAGGACUCUGCUGGACCGGAUCUUCCAGGCGUGGACCCCGUCAGACAAACAGAGCACCCUCAGCUUGUGCGACAGCCUGGUGCACUUUACACGGAGUCUCGGCUCUGCACACACGAGGAUGACGUUCCCAGACAGCUCGCAUCCCCCUGUGGUCCUGACCUUAGACCUGAUUGCAGAGACUUUGGUUCAGAUGUUGAAAGGCGAGCCGAAGGAGAAGCUCCCUGAAGGCUGGAGGAGCAGCGGCCCUCUGGCUCAGGGCCUGUCCGUCUUCUUGGUCACCGCCAGGUUUGUCAUCAACCUCGGGCCGAGGAUCUGGACUGAGCUGGUUCUCCUGGUGUCUUCAGAGGACGCCAUGGACACCAACCUGGACCGGAUAUCCGGCGCUUUCCAAACACCACAACACGCCGUGUUAGGUCUGAUGAACCGGUGCGUGGAGCAGCAGGUCCCGGAGCUCGUCCUGCUCGUCCCUCUGCUCUUCAGGCUCAGACAGCCGGGAGCCGACUCAGCGAGACUGGGUCCCGCCCCGAGGGAGGAGGACUGGUCGGGACUUGAAGGGGUCCAAUUCUGCAAGUUCAGGGAGAAUAUAAAGUCCAGCCCGGACAAGAGAAAGAGAGUGCUGAGUUUGAUCCAGACGCGCUUACCGUCGGCCGAGGAGACGCCUCUGCUUCUGAUGAGCUGGUCUUCUCUAGUCCCAUUUGAGGACCUCCCCGAGCUCUCAGAGCUGACGGGAAUACCCGCCGAACAGCUGAUCCAGAGUCUGUUGUUCAGACUGCGAGGAUGCGGCAACUCCAACAGAGUGGAGGACAAUGCAAAGAACACUCAGAGAAGCCUGAGCCACGUCCUGCUGAAGCUGGACAAAGAGAAGGACAGAAUGAUGGAAGGAGGAAACGUGGCGCCGACCCUCGCGAGCAGCAUCGCCGUGUUGAAGUGCACGUGCGACGUUGUGCCGCUGGUCCAGUGCUACCAGGCCGCGGUCCUCUCCUACCAGCUGGUGGUGAAACUGGCCGAGAUGUUGGAAGCCAAGCUGAGGAAGGAGUCCUCAGACGACGACUUCAGGACCUUCAGGCAGAAGCUCUUGGACCAGCUGGAACCGGUGCACCAACGGGUCACAGAAUGGAGGGAUGAAGUGCUGCAGAAACCUCUUGUGGCGUCCUCAAAAUCACUCAGCUAUCCAAAGGAAAUAGAGAUGUGGGACGCGCUGCUGAAGGUCGACUGCUCUCUGGGAGACGUUUCCUCCCGCUGGAGGUCGAGUCUGACGAGAGGCUUGAAGAGGAGGAUCUCCCAGGCAGGAGACGAGGAUCAAGUGCUGGUCUGCUGCCUCCCGGCGUCCUCGGCAGCCAUCUCUCAAAGCGGCGAUGUUGUGCAGACGUGUUUCGACGAGCUGUGUCAGUCUGCUAUCAAGAGAAUCUGCCAGAGAGGCCAGGAGGGUGACCUGAUGAGGAGCAUCGCCUCCAAGAGGAAGGACCCCCCUCGUGUUGUGGUCUCUGCCAUUGUGGUUGAAUCCGCAUCUCGAUUCAGAGACUCGGUGGUCCAGCUGCUCCAUCAGUCCGCCAUCAACCACCUGCUGUCUCACGGCGACUGGACGGGGAUGCCGCUGUGUGACGCCGCUGCGCAGGUCGUCCACGGCUGUGUGUCUGCGCUGGAGCGCCUGGUGGAGUCUCUGCUGCAGGGAGACGUGGCCCUGGGACACCUGGAGACCUGCCUGAAGAACAAGAAGGCAUUCAAGAUCCUUCACCAGCAGUAUAAGAAGAACUCCCAACGGGAGACGGUUCCCGUCGAUGCGGACGUGGUGCUGGCUCAGAGAGAGAAGGAUUUGGCCUCUUUCCUGCAGCGCAAACAGCAGAUGACGACACUGAUAAAGAUGAUGGCAAAGGUAGCAGAGAGCAUCACAGUUCCUGAGAUGUCUCCUCUGGAGACGCAGGACACUGAAGACCUCCAGCUGGUCAGUCUGAACAAACUGCUGCUGGUUCAGUCCUUCGAUGCUGAGGGGAGGUUGGGGAAGACGGGCCCCUCCCAGGUCCUCUGGUACAAAACCAGUAUGAAUGUCCUGAGAAUGUCCAGUGAGAUGCACAAGCUGCAUCACAGCAACCUGGUUCUGUCCCGCUGGGUCGGGGGGGCGGCGUCUUUGGCGCCGACCGGCUCCUCCCCUCUCACAGUCACCUUGUCUCAGAUCUGUGAGCUCAUCUGGAAGCCGCUGCUGACGGAGUUCUGCCAGCUCGCCGUCGCCUUCGCCAACGCCAGCGUCACCUUCAGGCAGCUGGAUCGGGUCUUGGCUGAGUCCGGCGACCAGGGGGACGGGGAGCUCCUGAAGAGGGAGCUGCGUCUGAUGUCCGAGACGCUUGACGGGUCGGGGCGGGUCAAACCCGAGGACGGCUGGGUGGAGCUGAGACUGCGUCAGAUCCAGGAGUACCGACAGCUGCGCCAGGCGGCCGCCGCCGCCAGCGCGAUACGGAGAAUAGCCGAGAGAACGGCGCUGUCAGGGGACUUCAGAGAGAUCGACGCCCUCGGCGAGCUGGAAGAGGACAGCUUUCAGGAGAGGGCCCUGGGGUCGCUCAGCGCCGACUUGCAUCGGGCCAAACACCAACUCUCCGCCGUCACCGAGCAGCACACCGCCUGCCUGGAGGAGUACCUGGAGAGCCAAACCCUGGUCAGCUGGGUCAAAGAGAACCUUAAAGAUAUGAGCGACGUGAAGGUGUACGUGGAGUUAGCUUCCAUAUCUGCCGGAGAGAACGACGCGGAGAUCGACCAGGUGGCCUGCUUCCACGACGCGGUGAUGGGCUACGCCCCCCUUCUCUACGGCCUCCGCCCGCACGCCGGCUUUGAGGACUUCAUGAGGUGUGCUCGCCAGGUGUGGGACGCCCAAACCAGAGACGAGAAGCUGCCAGACAAAUUGAGAGAGUCCACUCGCCUGCUGAGCUGGCUGAAGGCGCUGAAGGAGACCCACGGCUCGGUGGAGCAGUCCUCCCUCUCCCUGGCCUCCUCCAUCAAUGCUCACGGGGUUUAUCACGUGGGAUGGUCUGCUCACAACACGGAGAAGAGGUGUCUCCAGAACAUGGUGGCGGUCACAGUGACGAGGGGCUCGGAGGAGAAGCGCUACCAGCUGGAGGAGCUGCUGGAGCUGCAGAACAAACUCAUGCUGAUGUCGUCCAGAGGGGAGCACGGCAGAGAGCAGGUCAACAGGUUCACAGAGGUCUUUGAAGGAGUCCAGCGACUAGGCGCCAUCCUUCUGCAGAUGCAAACGUCCGGCAACAUGCUCUUCAGGGAUUGGCGCGCUGAGGUCCGCUGCUGCCCGCAGCAGCAGCCGUGCAUCAAAGCAACCUUCCCGUCCCUGCAGGGUAGAGAGGUGGCCUACGUCGGCGAGUUGACGGAGCGGCUGCAGGCGCUCGCUCACUCCAUGGACGCCUGCCAAAGGGAAUGGAGCACCUUCAUCAGCGAGAUGCGCUCCAGCUUCAACUUGCUGAACCACUACACGUCGGAGCAGAUGGUGUACCUGAGCCACUGGAUUCACAAAGUGUGUCACUGGGAGGUGCCAGUUCCUCCGCAGUUAUGGCUUUUGCUUUUCCCCAUAAAGCCUCAGUGCACUCUAACUGAUGUCAGAGUCGCUCACGCUAACGCAGCAAGUCGGACCUCAAAGCCCGACCAAGUGGAAAAUGCAGAGUCUGAGGACGAAGAUCAAAAUGUGUCCGUUCCUUGUAUGGACGAAGAGGACAUGAGAGCCCCUGGUGAUAUGAUGGAGUUUUCCUCAGAGGACGAAGAUGACAGUGUAACAAAUUGUGAAGAGGGAUCACUUCUCCAUGCGGACAGUCUGGAAGAGAUGUGGCGUAAGUUCAAGGACGACAUGCCGCAGUACCUCAAUGAGUACCUGGACAUCUCGUCUCUGGGCCACGUCCUGUCGUCCCUCUCUGAAAUGAACCAGGAGCUUGUGAACAGGAACUUUCCUCCAGUCCUCCAGGAGGGAAGGCCCAACCUGUUUUUUUGUCCCGAUGCAGAAGUUUUCACCUCCGUCCUCUCUUUUUACAUGCAAAGUCCAGAGCAGCCUCUGCCAUCUACUGACGAGGUUCUGGUCUGCAGAGAGGAAACCACAGAGGAGGAGGUUCAGAUUUUUCUCCGCCGUGCUCUUGGCAAGGGCGCUGGAAGGAACUGGGGCAAGAUUUACUCUUUGGUCAACCCAGGGCUUCUGGGUUAUGAUGUCAGCGUGGCCCUCGGGGAGCUCUUCGAGUGUCUCGAGAGAAGCGGCAACCCGCAUUAUCGCCUGAUCAUAGUCAGUCCGGUUGAGCACCAGCACAGAUAUGUGCCCUCUUACUUUAGCAAUGACAAAGUACAGGCUGGAGUGAGUCUGACAGCAGAAGCUGCUCGGAAGUAUCUACAUGGCCACUUCACACAUUCACAAAACACGUCCCCGCCGAGCCCUGCCGCACUGGUUUCUCCAGAUCAGCUGUCAGUCUGGACAGUGUCAUCUGUACGCCCAGCAGUUGGGAAAUCCCUCUUUGUGGAGCGUUUGUUUGAGAAGUUCCAGCAGAAAUCUCCCAGAGCAAAUCACAUCAAGAUCAGACUGAUUGAGCCAUCGGUGGAUGUCGACGCUUUGAUCAAGAGUCUGUCGGAGAAACUGGCCCCUUUGAGAGAGCAGGACCCUGUCCUCCUGCACGUCGACACCGCUGGAGUUCGUUCAGGUCUGGAGGAGCUCCUGUUCCAUCUGUUAGUUCUGGGCUGUUUGAGCGAUAGCCAUGGCGUGCUGUGGAGAAGGAAUGUGGCCCAUUUGAUCACCGUUGAAGUCCUGAGAACACACGGAUCCUCUCAGAACCAGCCGAAAGAGAUGAAAUUUGGACUUCUUGACAUUCUGCCUACCAUCCAUUGUAGACCUCCAAAGGAAGUAAAUAAGUUGUUGCCCAGUAGACGUGUGCCGAACACCUUUGAUCCACUCAUGGAUGAGCAGGAGUUCUGCAGUGAGGGGGUUCAACGCCCUUAUCAAUACUUGAAGGUCUACAGCAACAAUCAGACUCUGGACCGUUUUAAGUACAGGGAGGGAUCCAGACAUGGCGACACCAUCGACUGUGUCAAUCAGUUUCUGAAAUACUGUGGAAUGCAAGACCCGUCUUGGGCCGAGCUGAAGAACUUCUCCUGGUUCCUCAAUGUGCAACUCAAAGACUGCGAGAACUCAGUUUUCUGUGAUCCAGAUUUUCUGGCAGAUCAGCUCCCCGGUUUCAAGGGCUUCAUCGUGAAGUUCAUGAUUCUAAUGUCAAGAGAUUUUGCCUCGCCAUCUCUAAAUACAUCUGAUGAAAGUCCCACGCUGCUGGUUGAGGAUGACCUUCUCGCCCGUCUGACUAUUCGUAAGCGUUGGGAAAAUGAGUCUCACCCGUACAUUUUCUUUAAUGCGGACCGAUUCUCAAUGUCUUUCCUCGGCUUUAAUGUGAUACGUCAGAGGCAAAACCGCCUCAAUGCAGUUGAUCCUCAAAGCCACAAGGUCCUGAUAGAAAACGUGAUGUCGCAAAAACUUUUUGAGGAUUUGGAAAGGCAAAGGAUCUCCCUCACUGAAGACUUUGACGGGUUGCCACGUGCGGACAAAAUCAAAAGGAUUUCCUGCGUUGUCGGUGCACAGAAGGGAAUAACGGACAGAGACUUUGAUCCGGACCCAACGUAUGAGCUCACUGCUGACAAUGUGAUGAAGAUGUUGGCCAUACACAUGAGAUUCCGGUGUGGAAUUCCAGUUGUCAUCAUGGGAGAGACCGGCUGUGGGAAAACCAGAUUAGUCCGUUUCCUGUGUGCUCUGCAGAGGGAGGAGAAAGCAGUGGAGAACAUGGUACUUGUUAAGGUACAUGGUGGAACCACAGCAGAGAUGAUCUACAGAAAGGUGAGGGAGGCAGAGAGACUUGCCAGAAACAACCGAAGAAUGCACGAGCUGGACACCAUUUUGUUCUUCGACGAAGCAAACACCACGGAGGCCAUUUUUGCCAUCAAGGAAAUUCUCUGUGACCAAUCGAUGAAAGGGGAACCUCUGAAAGCAGACAGCGGCUUGAAGAUAAUAGCUGCUUGCAACCCUUACAGGAAGCACUCGCCAGAAAUGGUGAAACGUUUGGAACGCGCAGGUUUAGGAUACAGGGUGAAGGCAGAUGAAACAGAAGACCGCCUCGGCAAAGUCCCUCUGCGACAGCUAGUCUACAGAGUUCAUCCUUUGCCUCCAAGCAUGGUUUCUUUGGUGUGGGACUUUGGUCAGCUGAGUGAUUCAACCGAACUUUCCUACAUCAAACAGAUUGUCCAGAGGCAAGUUGUCAACCACUCUCUGCCAAGAGACUGCAAGGACAUCAUUUCAAAUGUGCUGGCGGCCUCCCAGAAAUACAUGCGAAGUCGGAAGAAUGAGUGUAGUUUUGUGAGUCUCAGAGACGUGGAGAGGUCAAUGAAAGUGCUGGUUUGGUUUUACCAGCAUAGCGGGGUCCUUUUUAACUACUGCACAACUCUCACUGAGGGUCAUAAAACACUCAAGUGCUUGAUUCUUUCAGUUGGAGUCUGCUACUACCCGUCUCUGGUGGACAAAGAGCAGUACCUCUCUGUCAUAUGUCAGUACUUUCCAGAACCUCUCUGCUGUUCAACAGCUUUGCAGGAAGAGAUUUCUUCCUGUCAGGACUUCUUUCUUCAGAACAUACAGACAAGGGAGACCAUAGCCAAGAAUGUUGCACUUAAAGAGAACGUGUUUCUCAUGGUGGUUUGCAUUGAGCUCAGGAUCCCACUCUUUCUAGUUGGCAAACCUGGAAGCUCAAAGUCCCUUGCUAAAACAGUGGUGUCUGAUGCCAUGCAGGGCCAGAACUCCCACUGUGAACUAUUCAAGAAGCUCAAGCAAGUUCACAUGGUCUCCUUCCAGUGCAGUCCUCACUCAAGUCCAGAGGGCAUCAUUGGGACAUUCAGGAACUGUGCCCGUUUCCAGAAGGACAAAAACAUGGACGAGUAUGUGUCCGUGGUGGUUCUCGAUGAGAUAGGACUCGCAGAAGAUUCUCCUCAGAUGCCCCUGAAGACCCUUCACCCACUCUUGGAGGAUGGUUGUAUUGACAAUGACAGGCCGGAUCCACACAUGAAGGUUGGCUUUGUUGGCAUCUCCAACUGGGCUCUUGACCCGGCAAAGAUGAACAGAGGAAUUUUUGUGUCGAGACGGGAUCCGAGUGAGGAUGAACUGGUGGAAACCGCAAAAGGAAUUUGUUCAUGCUCAACGCAAAUUCUCCUGCAAAUCAAACACAUGUUCCCAUCUUUGGCCAAGGCCUUCUUGAGCAUCUGUAGUGAGACCACAAAGAAUCAGUUCUUUGGUCUGAGGGAUUAUUAUAGCCUCGUCAAAAUGCUCUUUGCCGUGGUCAAAUCAACGCAACAAGAGCCAGAUGGUGGACACUUGGUAGAGGCCAUCUUGCGUAACUUCAGUGGACAACCAGAGGGAUUUGACCCGGUCAUGUUUUUCCAAGAGGUGGUCCAAAACUUAAUGGAUUUUCCAAGACCAAGCACCUUGCAAAUGGUGAAAAAGAAUCUUGACCACGACACCAGCCAGCUGAGCCGUUACCUCCUUUUGCUGACCACCAACAAUGCAGCUCUCCAUAUCCUUCAACAACAGGUCUUUGCCAAAGGAGGGUAUCCUCCUCCUGAAAUCGUCUUCGGCUCGGGAUUCCCAAAGGACCAAGAGUAUGCCCAAAUCUGCCGUAACAUAAACCGGGUGAAAACGUGCAUGGAGACCGGGCGUACGGUCAUCCUCCUCAACAUGCAAAAUCUGUACGAAAGCCUGUACGAUGCCUUGAACCAGUACUACGUCUACCUCAGUAAGCAGCAGUAUGUCGAUCUUGGUCUCGGCUCUCACAGGGUAAAGUGUCGUGUCCAUACCAACUUCAGACUGGUGGUAGUGGAGGACCAGAAGAAAGUCUAUGAGCACUUUCCUAUGCCCCUCAUCAACAGGCUGGAGAAACACAGGGUGGAUAGGAGCACUGACCUGGAACCCUGGCAGCACAGAGUUCUCCACAAACUCAAGAAGUGGGUGGAGGAAUUCUCAGGUGAUGCCAUGGCGGAUUUCAAGCAAUGGGAAAUUUUUGUUGGCUACCAUGGCGACGCCUGUGCCAGCGCUCUCUUGCAAGCACUUGAGAGGAGAGCACAAAAAGUUGAAGACGCUGCUGUGAGACAACAUCAGCAGAGUGAAAAAGAUGACUCGAUGGAAGAAGAUGAACCAAAAGAAAAACUUGAGGCAAAUUCCAACCUGCAGAAAGAGGUAGCUGAUGAAGAGGAACGAGAAGCCAAGUCAAUGGAUGUUGAUGAUGACGAGAACAAACUGCUGUCUGAAGGCAAAGAGCUGAUGGAGACGGAAGCUGCUGCUGAGGAAACUGAGGAAGAGGAGAUUCUUGAUAUAGCAAAAUGUCUCUUGCUGAACUGUGCCACACCUGAUGCUGUUGUGAGGCUCAAGUAUUCCGAUUUAUCGAACCAAGAGAAGGAGAAACUCCAGAGAAUGUACUUCCAGCAACAGCAUCACCAUUCCCUCCGAAAUUUCCUGGAAGAUUGCCUGAUCCAGCAUCAGGGGUCCACCACAUUUCUGGAGGUAACCACAUUCUCUGGCUUGCUAACCAGAUCAGACGUCAGGGUUGUUGCCCCUGCUUUAGGACUGCAGAGUGAGAGGACUCUGCUGCUCUCGCUCCACCAAUUUGACACCGAGGUCUCUUUCUGCAACAAGAUAAGGGGCUUCCUUCAAGAUGUCAGUCCCGCUCUUCAUGUCCUGUUCAUCCAGAUGGACCUGGAGGAAACCAACUGCAGUGAUGAGCUCAUAGCUUCAGCAAAAUAUUGCACCAUGAACUACUUGAUGUCACUGGAGGGUCCGACCUGUUGGGUGAUUUUCAUUGUGAAGGUUUCUAGGAUCCCGAGUAAAUCUCAGUACAUCGGUUUCCAAGGAGGAGUGUGGCACUCGGUGCACAUUGAUGACCUGAGGGAUUCAGACGACAUGAGCCUGAACCUCUCGGUUUUCUGUGGAACUCUGAUCAGCAACCUACUCCACCCUGCCCUGUCAGAACACCUUGACGAUGGACAAACAGCGUGGACAAGAAGAGACUCUCAGGGAGAUGGAGCCCACCUCCACAGCCUCGCCUUGGUGAGGUCAUGCAUCCAAAAAGCUGUGGGUCUGCUGAGGGAACCCGAAGGCGUGACAUCGCGGAGCAUGCAGCGGAUACACACCCUUCUGACUCUUCUGGGAGCUGGUCAAACGCAAACACAAACUCGCUUUCAGGAGGUGCUGUUGAGCAGAAUGGCCGAGGCUUCGGCACAGAGGGAAGAAGUGAUGUGCUCCCCGAAGGAGUGGGUGAGCAGCGAAGCCAAGAAGCGCCAGGCUCUGCAGGAGGGCGGAACCCUGAGACACACCCUGUGGCGCCGUCUACAGGCCACCGUGACCCCCAUCUUGGCCAGCAUGUUGGAGGUUAUGGAUCGGUUUGGGAAUCUGGACCUGCUGUCCGAUGGCAGACUCAGCCGGGGCCUGAGAGAGCUGUGGUUGGACAUCCUGGCAGAUUCACAGAGUUUAAUCCUAACGUCUCUUCACAACUCAAGUGAGUCGGACCAGGAGGUGCCUGUGCAUCACUUCCUCGUGUUGGAUGGUGCAGAACAAUCCUGCACGGCUCCGUUCAGCUGGCUCGUCAGAACCCACCUGGAAAGCUUGUGGGAAGAAUCAGAAUUCAUGCCAGUAACGACCGAGGACGGCACAGGGAGGAUCCUCCAGUUCGUGAGCACCUUCUCCAGCAGCCGGCUGGGAAGUCACUUCCAGAAGCUCUCGGCCGAGGAGCAGCAGGAGUACGGGCGCCUCUACCUGCAGGACUUCCUGCUGCUCGCCCUGAAGAUCAAGUCACAUGACGAGCUGAGGGUGUUCUCCAGGGCCCUGUUGGGCUGCGUCUCGGAGCUCCAGGCCUCCGUGGGCGCCGCCGCGGAGCUCUCGCCGGCUUGGAUAGCGGCCGCUGGCAAACAGUUCGCCCCGCGACUGGAUUGUCUCCGCCACAUGUUUCUGCUGCAGCCCCAGCUGGCUGCCGCGGUCGCUCAGCAGGGGUCGGAGGGGGAAACCCAUGAGAUGGUGGAGGACAUCGGAGCGCUCGGCGUCUUCGUCGAACAGACUAAACUGCUGAGCGUCGCGUCGCUGCCGGAGUGCGAGUUCUUUGUGGGCCGCGUGGCGUCACUGCAGCCGUGUCUGGACCGAGUGUUCGCCCAGAGAUACAGAACCCUCUGCAGCGCCGGCGGCCUGCAGCGCCUGGACUCCAUCCGGUCUCUGUGGCACGGGAUGCUGGUCGUUGCAUCUUUCGUCCAGCACGUCGUUUUCAGAGUGACACCGAAAGACUCGCGGCUGAGAGAAGUGGCGCUGAAGCACUGCAGCCUUCACCUCAGCCUGAUGCAGGCGUCCCCUGACGUGAGGAGCGUGGACACACUGCAGCAGCUGAUCCGGGUCCUCAAUCGGUUUCACGACGAGUGUAUCGGCCAAGAGCUGCGGUCGGGCACUUCCUGCCCGGUGUGCCUGUCGGAGAUCCAGGAGCCGGCUGUCCUGCCCUGCCAGCACGUCUUCUGCCUGCCGUGUCUCCAGCGCUGCACUCAGGAGCAGAGACGGUGUCCUAAGUGCCGGACGGACCUUCCCCCCGACUUCAGGCCCACUGUUUCUCCCCACGUCAAGGCAGCGCUUCAGGAGCAGGCGUCCGUCAGGGACCGCUGUAACGCCUUCUUCCUGGAGGUGGUGUCCAGGUUCUGUCUCUCCGAGGGACAGACGCCCGGAGACGGAGUGGUGGAGCUGCUCUUCUCCCUGCUGGUCUCCGCUAGCGGCGACGUGUACAGGACCAGAGCGCUCACGCCCUUCCUGGAGUGCGUGGACAACAGCCCGGUGGUGCGCUCAGUGCUGCCCAAGCUGCUGCUGCAGCACAGUUUUGAGCAGGUGAAGACUCACAUUCAGACGUACCUGAAGAACCUGGAGGAGAAUCUUCUGGCCAGAGAUGACCGCACGGAGCUCUACCUGCUGUUUGUCAACUGCUUCCAGGACUCCCUGCUGUGCUCCGAGGCGAAAGGAGCCCAGCGGAACGGAGAGCAGCAGCGACGGGCGGAAAUGGUGUUUCUCUGCAGCGUCGCCGCUGGGCAGACUCCCCGCAGACAUCAGGACCCGGCGCAGUUCCUGCUCAACAUCGCCAGGCUCCGAGUGUGCCUGAGCGAGGCCGCCCGCCUGCUGCAGGGCGCCGCCGGUCAAGGCAGACCACAGGGCGAGGAGGCCCGAUACCUGCAGCAGGUGAAGGCGGCGUGUGAGAGCGGCGCCGACGACUGGCACCGGGUCUACCUGGUGAGAGCCCUGCACAGGCUCUCAGGUGUGGAAUGCAUCCUGUCCCUGAUGAACCAACCGGCCUGGAGAUGGGUGUUCCCCCCCAGCCUGCUCCAGCUGCAGAGGAUAAUUCCUACCAACCUGGACCAGUUCCUCUGCUGCGGGACGGCGUACCGAGACCUGAGGGACGCCGUGGGCCACGUUCUGCUGGAGAAGCAAUCGGACUCCUUCGCGGCACAAAUACAGAAGCUGAGGGCUUCUCACAGCAGUCUGCUGCCUCUGGCUUUGUUCAGACAGGUCACCUGCCGCUACAAAUCACCUGAGCGCAGCGUGCUGCCCCCCCCUCAGGACCUGGCGAGGCUGGAGGAGCUCCUGAAGAGCGUCAAGCCGCCAGAGUUCAGGGACUUCUGCGCCGCGCUUCUGUCCAAUAAGAUCGGCGGGCCGAGCUCGGAUCUCCAGAUCCAUGCGCUUCUUUGUCCUCAGAGACAAACGCUCCUGGAGCUGCUGGUCCACCUGGACUCUGUGGUGCUCAGUGGGAACCCUGUGCUGGUUCCGCUGCAUCAGAUCGCCUGUCAGCCUCAGAAUGUGAAAAAUUAUUUUCUGCCAACGAUGCCCGAUGAUCACAUGAGCGAAGUCAAACAGUGGUUUAGAGACAAAAAGGCGCAGAUGUACUACUGCACUAAUGGACACCCGUGCAUUGUGACAGAGUGUGGCAGACCGGUGGAAAUGAGAGAUUGUCCCGAGUGUGGAGUCCUGAUCGGUGGCGAGCGGCACCAACCGGUAGCAGGAUUCACUGCAGUGCAAAGUGCUCAGGAUCAAACUCGGACGGGACACAUAUUAGGAGACGCCGAGCAGAGGUCUGAAGCCCCCGAGAGACAGAUGACGGUGGCUAAGUCCUGCAUCCUGCGGCUCCUCACGCACCUCGCCAUGCUUCAAGGCGUAGUGAGAAACGACAGACGAGUCGGGGACAUGAUCCACCCGAGGCCCAGGGAUGUCCAGAGCUUCCUGUGGGGACACCUGGAGAAGGACCUCUGUGUGCUGGGCAAGGCGCUGGACCAGAACAUGGACAACACGGCUGUGACGGUUCAUCUGAUUCUCAACACAUGCGCAGAACAGCCAGGUUCCCGCGGAGCUUCUCUGGAUCUGUCGACCAAACAAGGGCGGCAGCUCUGGGAGAAGCUCGUCUGUGACUCCGCCAUCAACCCAGUACUUCAGCAUUUGCAGAUGAAUCUGGCUGAAGCUCAGGACAGAAUCGGUGGUGACGACGGACUUACUGGAAGUCCCCUGAUGACUCUCCUCUCCGGGGAUCCGGGGACCAUGUUGUCCCUCCCCUCCGACUGCCCGACCCAUCGCUCCACCUUCUGGACUCUGCCGGAGUACAUGACAGUGGAGCGCUUCACUCAGCUGGUGGGCGAAGCACAGGGGAGGAUCUCCUUACCGCUGCUGGGCCUGUUCCUCCAGAAGGUUCCCUGCGUGCGGCAGCUCCACCACCUACCUGAGCUGGCCGCGCUGCAGUCCGACCUGCUGAGGGCGGUUCCUCUCAGCUCGCACCCCGCGGAGCAGACCGUGGCUCAGGUGCUGCAGAAGAUACCGGACGGAUGCCAGAAGAAGAGGAUCCUGGAGAGAGUGAAGACCUUCAUGCAUGUGUGGAACUGCCUCAGAGCCGAGGUGGCAAACAGCUCAGCGUACUCGAGUGUGGACGUGGACUUCACAGCCGAGAGCUCCGCAGAGUUUCUGACUCCGAGCCGCCACGGACCGGGAUCGAGCCUCCGGGCUCUGGUGGACUUCCUGCUGGAGACUCACAACAGCCUGGUGAGAGCGAGCCGGCCGGAGGACAGUGAGUACAGUGUUCCUUUAGAGAGCGUAUCAGAGACCCAGCUGACGCUGUGCAGCCCAGAGAGAGAGCUGCUGCCUCUGGUUUUAUCGCACUGCCACUACACGCUGCAGAAAGGAGGGGAGACGGACAGAAGCUACGACCUGCCGGGCAUCCAAACCCAGCUGGCUCGCCGCUUCCUGGCCGGAAAACCACUCAUCCAAGCGGACACCUCCAGGUACCUGAACAGACACCUGCAGGACUUCUCUGUGGUCCUUAACGCGGUCCGGGACAAGAUCCGUCAGGAGCCGCUGAAGGGCUCGGCGAGCAGCGCCACGAGGACGGUGCUGCGGUCCUACACGGACGCGUGCGACGCUGUGCACGUGGUGGAGAUCGGCCUGCGCCUUCUCGGCAAGACGGGCGGAGAUCCGAGGGCUCGGCUGCUGUCCUACCUCGCCGACACGCUGCGGAUGGAAAGGCAGAUUUCCAGCACCGUCACCAAGGCUCUGGGGGAGAGCAGACUGGAACACAGCGUCUUCACCUGGCAGCUCCUGACUUCAUGGAAAUCGGAGCUUAUGCUCAACAGAAAUCAGGACCCGUUUCGGAGGCUCCCCCCCGAGUUCCAGCAGAAGCUGUCUGAGGAAGAGCGGAAAGAGCUGAAGGUCUUCCUCGCCGACGUGGACGUCUGCGCCUUCUCCCGAGAGCUGCAUGAAAUUCUGCUGCUGAAGACGAGCAGCGCCGGGACUGACCAGGGUUACCAGCCACACUGGGACAUCAGGUCCACUUUAGAGGUCCAUUUGGAGCAGAAGACGCCUCCGGUGCUGCUGGGGCUCGAGUCUUUACCAGAGAAAAUCACACUGGGACAAGCGGCCGACGUGUGGAGGGCUGCUGUGGAGUUUAAAAGAAGAUAAAUGAUUUCUGCAGACUCAUUUAAAAAUCCGUUCUAUUUCCAUGAUUUAUUUUUGUUACUGUUGUCAGGAUGAGCUGUCAUUGGGAUAUCAGAAUACUGAAUUCAUUCCACAUCAGUGUGAUUAUUGCUUUGUGUAACGGUUGAUACAAAUGAAUACAUUUAAAGCCCGUUUACAUUCCUGAUGUUACGUGUUGAAUCUGAUAAUGAGCAUUCUGGAAACAAUUAAUAAAACCACUAUAAAACAUC